AUUAUCCCGAUUAUCCCGCGCCAGCCGACGGAACGGGACGGGAACGAGCGGUCUCCGUCACCGCCCUGACGCGGGCCCCCGCUUCCCGCGGGAGCCGGACCGAGCCGGUGCCGUUCCUCCCUGCGCCCCGGGAAGCGAAGACAAAAUCUGACAUGGUCCGAUACACUACUGUGCUCCUUCGGAGACUCAUGCUUGCUGAUGAUGAGAAGUAAAAACUUAAUCUUAAUAAAGCAUAUAUUUUGUAGAAAUUGGAAAUAUCUUGGUCACUACUAGUGAAUGGACUCAGUAUUGCUGAAAGCACAAAUACAGAGUUUUGAAAUAAUUUCUUCAUUGAUAUCAACUAACAGUUUGAGGAGUAGAUCUACUAGCAAAAAUGGGUCGAUCUAAUUCUAGAUCACAUUCGUCAAGAUCGAAGUCCAGAUCUCAGUCCAGCUCUAGGUCAAGAUCCAGAUCACAUUCAAGAAAAAAGAGAUACAGCUCCAGGUCUCGGUCAAGGACGUAUUCCCGAUCUCGGAGCAGAGAUCGUGUUUAUUCUAGAGAUUAUCGCAGAGAUUACAGGAAUAACAGAGGAAUGAGGCGUCCCUAUGGCUACAGAGGAAGAGGCAGAGGGUAUUACCAAGGAGGAGGCGGUAGAUACCAUCGAGGAGGCUACAGGCCUGUGUGGAACCGAAGACACUCCAGAAGCCCUCGGCGCGGCCGCUCCCGUUCCAGAAGUCCCAAACGAAGGUCGGUGUCUUCCCAGAGGUCCCGGAGCAGGUCUCGUCGAUCUUACAGAUCCUCCCGGUCCCCGAGGUCCUCUUCAUCUCGUUCUUCAUCCCCAUACAGCAAAUCACCCGUCUCUUCCAAAAGACGUGCGUCUCUGGAAAAGCAGGCCAAGAAAACUGAAGGGGCUCCUUUGCAAGACAGUCCCUUGAAAAAUAAAUCACAAGAUGAACAGAAAGAUACAUUUGAACACGACCCAUCGGAGUCUCUUGACGAUUUUAACAAAUCAUCAGCAGCUUCUGGUGACAUUUGGCCUGGCCUUUCAGCGUAUGAUAACAGUCCAAGGUCACCCCAUAGUCCUUCUAUUGCCACCCCACCUAGUCAGAGUUCAUCUUGCUCUGAUGCCCCUCUGCUUAGCACAGCCCACUCAGCAAAGGACACACCUCAGCAUUCCCAUUCCAUUCAGCAUAGUCCUGAGAGAUCUGGCUCUGGUUCUCUUGGAAAUGGUUCUAGCCGCUAUAGUCCUUCUCAGAAUAGCCCAUUGCACCAUAUCCCUUCGAGGAGAAGCCCUGCAAAGACAAUCCCAUCACAGAGUGCCCCCCGUGAGGAGGCUCGAGUGCGGUCAUUUUAUCCUGAGGGUGGUGAACAGGAAACUGCAAAAGGUGGAAAGUUUAUGAAAAGGUACACAGAUGAAGAGUCUAGAGUAUACCUGCUUGAUAGGGGUAAUACCAGGGAGAAGGAGGCCCAGAAGGAGAGAGGAUCAGAAAAAGGGAGGACAGAGGGAGAAAGGGAAUGGGAGGAACAGGAAACUUUAGAUUUUUUCAUUGAUAAAGAGACUGGGAAGGAAAAGUUUAAUGACUCUGAAGGGGAGGACACAGAGGAGACAGAGGAUUACAGACAGUUCAGAAAAUCUGUCCUGGCAGAUCAGGGUAAAAAUUUUCCUACUGCAUCUCAUCGGAAUGCUGAGGAGGAAGGAACCAAAUACAAAUCUAAAAUAUCAAUCAAGGGCAAUAGAGAGAGCGAUGGAUUUAGAGAUGAGAAAAGUUAUAAGCUUAAAGAGACUGGCUAUGUAGUGGAAAGGCCUAGUGCAACAAAAGAUAAGCACAAGGAAGAAGACAAGAGUUCUGAGAGACUAAUGAUGAAGAAAGAAACUCAGUCACCUGAGCAGGUAAAGUCUGAAAAGCUCAAAGAACUCUUUGAUUACAGUCCUCCUCUACACAAGAAUCUGGAUGCGAGAGAAAAAUCCACCUUCAGAGAGGAGAGCCCACUUAGGAUCAAAAUGAUAGCCAGUGACUCCCAUCGUCCUGAAGUUAAACUCAAAAUGGCACCAGUACCCCUUGAUGAUUCCAAUAGACCUGCUUCCUUGACUAAAGACAGGCUGCUUGCUAGCACACUUGUCCAUUCCGUCAAGAAGGAGCAAGAGUUCCGAUCCAUCUUUGACCACAUUAAGUUGCCACAGGCCAGCAAAAGCACAUCAGAGUCAUUUAUUCAGCACAUUGUGUCCUUGGUUCACCAUGUCAAAGAGCAAUACUUCAAGUCGGCUGGAAUGACCCUAAAUGAGAGGUUCACUGCGUAUCAAAAAGCAACUGAGGAGCACUGCACCCGACAAAAGAGCCCAGAAAUACAUAGGAGGAUUGACAUCUCUCCAAGUACCCUGAGGAAGCAUACCCGUUUAACAGGUGAAGAGAGAGUCUUUAAGGAAGAAAGUCAAAAAGGAGAUAAAAAAUUAAGAUGUGAUUCUGCUGAUCUUCGGCAUGACAUUGACCGACGUAGAAAAGAACGAAGUAAGGAGCGAGGGGACUCAAAGGGUUCCAGGGAAUCCAGUGGGUCAAGAAAGCAAGAGAAAACUCCAAAAGAUUACAAGGAUUACAAAUCUUACAAAGAUGACAGUAAACAAAAAAGAGACCAAGACCGUGCUCGGUCCUCCCCAUCUUCCUCCCCAUCUUCUUCCUCAUCCAGUUCUCGAGAAGAAAAGGAUUGCAAGAAGGAAAGAGAUGAAGAGUUCAAAACCCACCAUGAACAGAAAGAAUACUCUGGUUUUGCAGGAGUCAACAGGCCAAGAGGCACCUUUUUUCGAAUUAGGGGCAGAGGAAGAGCCAGAGGAGUCUUUGCUGGAACAAAUACUGGUCCCAGCAACUCAAAUACUACUUUUCAGAAGAGACCGAAGGAAGAGGAAUGGGAUCCUGAAUAUACCCCAAAAAGCAAGAAAUACUUCUUGCAUGAUGACAGAGAUGAUGGUGUGGAUUAUUGGGCCAAAAGAGGAAGAGGCCGUGGUACUUUCCAGCGUGGCAGAGGGCGUUUUAACUUCAAAAAGUCAGGUAGCAGUCCCAAGUGGACGCAUGACAAAUAUCAAGGGGACGGCAUUGUGGAAGAUGAGGAAGAAACAAUUGAGAAUAAUGAAGAAAAGGACAGACGCAAAGAGGAAAAGGAAUAACCCGGAAGAAAAUUGUAGCUGAAAGAGCAGCUCUUGCACCACCCACACAACAUUUUUAAUAUGUUUUUUUGUUGUCAAAUGAAUGUAAGCAUUUUACUUAAAUUUUACUGUUGGAAAGUAGUUUAGAGAGAUUGUUUUCGUUUUAAGCCUUUAGAAAAAAAUCAUGAUAUAGUAAACUAUGUUAAUGAUCGUACAGGUAGAAAGUAAAAUAUUUGUAACAACUUUUAAGAAAUUUUACUGUUUGUUAUAUGCAGUGUAAUUCUGCUUUGUCCAAAUAUAUGGUCAAGUACAACUCUAAAAGUUUUGAUUCUCCCCUAUGUCUGUGUUUUAUUCUGAAGUAAACUUACAGCUCUGCACACCUAAAAUCUUGGAGCAGCAUUUUUUAUAAACUUA